AUGGAAGACCAAGAAAUAUUAGAAGUAUGUAAACAAGAAAUAUUGUCUGAAUGUGACAUUGAAAAAAACAUUCAAGGACUAUUUGAUAAUUCGCUAAAAGUAGAAGAAGAUAGUGAAGCCGGAAGUGAUUUGAGUGAUGAAGCAAUUGAACCGAAUUAUUUUGAUAGCGCAUCUGAAGAGAAUAUUUCAGAUGAUGAAGAAAACAUUAAGACAUACGCUAAAGAUUUUUAUGUUGGAAGAGACAAUGUUAGCACGUGGAUGAAAACAAAACACGCAAAAUCAGAAGAAACUAAAACGAUGGACAUAACAAAAGAAAUUCCAGGCCCUACUUAUUGUGUAAAAAAUCUUAGUGAGUUAGAGUUAUUUCAAAAAAUUAUUGAUAUUUCAAUGCUUGAAGAUAUUGUGACACAUACAAAUACAUACAUAGAAUCUCUGAGAUCAAAUCAUGAUUACGCGCGAAGCAGAGAUAUCAAAGAUACCAACACUAUUGAAUUAAUGGCUUAUUUGGGAUUACUUUUCUUGUUAGGGCUUAAAAAGUCGAAUUUUGCCAAUGUAAAAGAAAUUUGGAGCAACGAUGGAACUGGUAUUGAAAUAACUAGAGCGGCAAUGAGCUAUAAACGAUUUUUGUUUUUAACACGAUGUCUCCGCUUUGAUAAUAAAGCUACAAGAGACGACAGGCGUAAACUUGACAAAUUGGCAGCAAUUCGGAGCUUCUUUGAUAAAUUUGUAGAAAACAGCCAAGCAUCUUUCAAAUUAAGUGAAUUCGUCACCAUAGACGAAAUGUUGCAUCCCUUCCGAGGAAAGUGCGCAUGGAUUCAAAAUAUGCCAAGGAAACCCGCUAAAUAUGGGUUAAAAAUCUACGCGCUUUGUGACGCAAAAACGUUUUACACAUUCAAUUUAGAGAUUUAUUGUGGCGAGCAACCAGACGGUCCGUAUAUGGUAUCUAACGAACCGAUGGAUGUUGUAAAAAGAUUAGUUAAACCGAUUGAAAAUUGUCAUAGAAAUCUUACCACCGAUAAUUAUUAUACCAGCGUUGCUUUGGCAGAUUAUCUGCUACAAAAAAAAAUAACACUAAUUGGAGCAAUAAAAAAGUAUAACCAAGAAAUCCCGUCAGAAUUCCUACCAAAUAAAAGUCGAGUUACUCAUUCGACUUUAUUUGGAUUUCAAUCAAACAAAAUGUUAGCUUCUUAUGUGCCACACAAAAAUAGAGCCAUCAUUCUCCUAUCUACGAAACACAAUGAAGGAAAAAUUUAUGAAGGCACAAAUAAGCCAGAAGUAAUAAUUGAUUAUAACUUUACAAAAUGUGGAGUUGAAACAGUAGAUAAAUUAUGUACCACUUACACAGUAUCACGCAAAAGUAAAAGAUGGCCAUGUGCGAUAUUUUUUUUCUUAUUAAAUGUUGCUGGUAUAAAUGCGUAUGUUUUAUAUUCUUUUACAAAAACAAGUGUUGCAAGCAGCCGUAGACAUUUUUUAAAAAGUCUAGCCAUUAGUUUGAUGAAACCGCAUUUACAAUAUAGAGCGACUUUGCCACUACCAAUGCAUAUAGCAGCAUUUUUAAAAUGUAAUUACUCCCAAUCGACGGCGACGGCUGAAAAUAAUACUACAGAACAACAGUCAGCCAAACGUGGAACUUGCCGUUUAUGUGUCAUGGAAAAAAUACGAACAACAGCAUCAAUGAAAUGCUCAAAAUGUUUUUCAUUUACUUGUAAAAAACAUUCUGUCGUAAAUGUGGUUUGUUUAGAUUGUGAACAUGCAACCCAUUCAAAUUUGAUGUGA